AUGGACUUUAACGGUAUGGGUGCUGGCGGAACGACUUUUGGGUCAGUACACGAGAUAUCGAGCAAUCCAAAUACCAAUCGAGGUACAUCCAUCCUAUCCGCUGUCUCUCCCUCCUUGCUGAGAGUGACUCGCGCAGUUAUCGGAAUCGAUAUCAAAUUCACAUGCGCUGGCCUAGAGCCUAUUCAGCGCUCAUUCUUCCGUAGUGAAUGGAACGUUGUACACUUGGGCCGAGAACCCGCCGACACCUCUGGGGUGGCGAAUGCCUUUAUGCGUUCAGACGUGGUCCCGCCUGUUAUGAGCCGCAAACAUGCGGAAAUUAUGCUCAAUGGUGACACUCCACAAGUCAUGGAUAUCGGGUCCUACCACGGGACGUACUUUAGGUCUAACGGCCAGCGUCUUGUUGCGAAUCGAUUGUACCAACUAACGGACGGUCUUGUUCUCGAAUUUGGGAAAUCAGUCACCAAAGACGACAAGGCACACGAGCCACUGCUAGCAACCAUCAAUUUCAUCCGUGAAUCGGACCGAAUUCGUUUCCGGAUUGCCUCGAGGCAUCAAUCGUCCUUGCUUUCGCCACCUUCACCACCACGAAGAUACAGCAUUCCGUCUGAUUCGGAAGACGAGGAAGUUGAAGACUCGGACGAAGACGAAAUGGAUUCACGCUCCGAUGUAUUCGAAUAUGAUCCUCAUCAGCACAUCGACCUCACAGGAAUGAGCGAUGACUCCAAAUCGUCCCAAGAUUCACCAGACACCGACGAAGGCAUUGAGUGUGUUGGUUUCGGGUUUUCGCGAAGCCCGUAUGAUGAAGAGUCCGUUUCUGGGUCGGACAUGUCUGAGAGUGAAUUCGAGGAGGAUACCGGGAAGGUGGUUGCGCAAGCUAGCGCACUAGGCGGUUCCGAUCUUUUCGUGGCAAUGCCUCCUUCGCAGCCUGGUGGAAUCAACCCCAUUGCUCCUGCCCCAAUUUCUGCCAACCCGUCUGUGCAUGGGUUAAUCACGGGCCCUGUGGAGCUCGUUGCACCCGCGCCUAUCUCACUCCCUAGACUUCCCAGGAUCGAAACAUUGUCUUGCCUUGAAUAUCCCGAAGUUGGGUUUUACAACUCCCUUCCACUACCAGAUUUUGCUCGCCAUCAUAUCGAGACGUCUUCUCGUGGCGCGGGCAUGGAUUUUGAAUAUGGAGGCAUGGAUAUGCGAGCGGGAUCUGGUCUGGGCCAUCAUCAGGGAGUGACGCAGGCUGUGCGGCCGCAUGAAGACGCCCAGAACCAAGUGCAUUUAGAAUCCGACCACUACCAGAGUGUUCAAGAGCCCAACGUCCAGGUCAACUACGAGUCGCAAACAACCGAGGAGGUGCGCAUCCUUAAAGCAGAGUUGGAUGUGGCUCAGAACAAGAUCGCCGAAUUGAAGCAAUCGCUCGUGGAGAAAGAAGCCGAGGUGGUCGCUGCCGAGUCGUCACCUACCGAGGCUAUUGUAGAGGAUAUCCCCAGCCGCAUCGCCAAUAUUGAGAAUAUGAUGACGCAGCUUUCAUCUGUUGGGGAUGGUGAGAUGGGCGAGCACAGAACAGCGGUUUUGGAUAUGCUGGUCCAGUUGUCUUCUAGCAUUGAGGCUUUGAGAGUUCGUGUUGGAUACGAAGCUCCUAAGUCAUAUCAGCAGGGCCAAAAGCGCAAACGCACCGAUGACGAGGAGGAGGAAGUCGAUUCAGGGCGUGCUCAGUCUCCUGCCCUCGUGGCUGCUCCUGCGCCGACCACUAGUUCAUUGCCAGCGAAGCGUUCACGUAUCACUAUCAAUCCUGCCGUUAGUGCGCUUGUGACCGGAGCUGCCGUGUGGGGUGCACUUGCGUCCGGAUACCUUUGA